AUGAGAUUAUGGUUUUCACCUACUGAAUCUCAAUGUAUUGCAUAUGCUCUCCAUACUGGUUACGAUUUUCCUAUCAGUCUCCAACGGCGUUUAUUUGAUUUAAAUAUUUCACUUACUCUAAUACAGCAUUCUGAUUUACCUUCUGUUCGUGGGUUAAAUACAUUCAAAUCUAUAAACAAACGACUGUUUGAAUACCUAACACCCCUUAUAGAACCAAAACCUGCUAAUAUGCCAAUUUCUUAUUUGAAUUCUAAGAUUUUUCAUAUCAUAAGUUAUCCAAUUGAUGUUUCACAGUAUAUUACUGAUAUUUUAAGAUUACGCGAUAAGCAAUUACCACCUCCUAUUUUUAUUUGGGAGCCUACACCUGAAUGUGCUUCAAGAGAGUAUAUGCAAUCGUGGAUUGAAGCAAUGAAAUUGGUAGAUAUCAUAUCACCAAAUCAUGAGGAAAUCGCCGCAGUAUUAGGUUUAAUUUCUGAAGAUUAUAAAAAGAACGAACAUCUCCUGAAUAAUGAAAUGUUAAGACAUAUGGCAGAUAAACUCUUAGAGCACCAGAUUGGUUCACAUGGGAAGGGUUGUGUCAUCAUCAGAGCGUCUCGUAAGGGUUGUUUAGUAGCGACUAAAGAAAGGAAGGAAAUUAUACCCGCAUACUGGGAACCACUAAAAGAUGGGAAUGAUAAUCCUUCCGUUAUGGAUGUAACCGGUGCUGGAAAUUCAUUUUGUGGUGGUCUUAUGGUUGGUUUGCUUAAAUCGAAUUUUGAUAUAUUUAAAGCCGCGCUUUAUGGUACUAUAAGUGCAUCGUUUACUAUAGAGCAAAUUGGUGUUCCUAGAUUCAAAAUUAAUGAACAAGGCGUUGAAACAUGGAACUCGGGUGAUAAUCCGCAAUCAAGAUUACAAAAUUUGAAAUUAAAAAUUGAAAAUACCUUAAAUAUUAACGAACUGGGUUGA